AUGGGAUUCAGUACUUCUCGCUCUCCCUCAAUUCUUCGCGGCCCUGUUGUGGAAAGGGCGUCUCCCCCCACUGCGCCACCACCUUCUAAGGACGCCGGAACCACGACUCUGCACGCAUAUCGCGCCAACAGCUUCAAUUCCUCCACUACCGACGUCGCGCCGCUGCAACCCUUCUCCCUCUCAUCGUCGCCACUGCAACUUCCGUGGCUUUUGGGUUGGUUUAUCUCUCUACAUCUCCUCCCUCUCGUCAACAGCAGCUGCGAUUCAGCGGCGGUGCCCGACGCUGCUCAAUUCGCAGCUGUGGUUUGUGUACUUUGCUAUGGUGUGAUUUAUACUCAACUUCUUCAUCACCAAACUUGGAAGGAAAUUACUGAGAAUUGGAAUUUAAGCAGCAGAAGAAGUGAAAUGUCAAGGUUCUACGUGGGUGGGAAAGUGGUGGACAGUGUUGAUUUUUUGCGGAAGAGGCACUGGGCAUGGCGUUUGGAUUUGUGGCCUUUUGCUAUUAUGUAUGGUGCCUGGCUGGCAGCUAUAGUCCCUAGCUUGGAUGCUGUGGAUGCCUUUAUAGUUCUGGGUUGCCUUGUAGCUCUACACAUUCUCGUUUUCCUGUUCACUGUUUGGUCUGUGGACUUCAAAUGCUUUGUUCAAUACUCCAAGGCUAAUGAUAUUCACCAAGCAGAUACAUGCAAAGUGACUCCAGCUAAAUUCUCUGGCUCUAAGGAAAUUGUGCCCCUUCACUUUCAGAAGUUGGCAGGUUCAUCAAAUUCAGUAGAUGCGGAAGAGAUUUAUUUUGAUUUCAGGAAGCAAAGGUUCAUCUAUUCGAAAGAGAAAAAUACCUUUUUCAAACUACCUUAUCCUUCAAAGGAAAAAAUUGGGUAUUAUCUCAAAAAUACUGGCUAUGGCACUGAAGCGAAAGUUGUUGCUGCUACUGAGAAUUGGGGAAGGAAUGUAUUUGAAUAUCCUCAGCCGACAUUCUCAAAAUUAAUGAAAGAGCAAAUCAUGGAACCAUUUUUUGUAUUUCAGGUCUUCUGUGUGGGGCUAUGGUGCUUAGAUGACUACUGGUAUUACAGUCUCUUCACCCUAUUCAUGCUGUUCAUGUUUGAGUCUACUAUGGCAAAAAGCCGUUUGAAGACCCUAUCUGAGCUUAGGCGUGUAAAAGUGGACAGCCAAACACUGAUGGUGUAUCGUUGUGGGAAGUGGGUGAAGAUGUCAGGGACUGAGCUUCUUCCUGGGUAUGUUGUCUCAAUUGGCCGUUCUACUGAUCAGAGUGGAGAAAACAAGUCUGUACCUGCUGAUAUGCUUAUUUUAGCUGGGAGUGCUAUCGUUAAUGAAGCUAUUCUAACUGGCGAGUCAACCCCUCAAUGGAAGGUUUCAGUAAUGGGUAGAGGAAUUGAAGAGAAUCUGUCACCUAGGCGAGACAAAGCAAAUGUUCUUUUUGGUGGUACAAAGAUAUUGCAGCACACACCGGAUAAGACAUUUCAUAUGAAAACCCCUGAUGGUGGCUGCGUAGCAGUUGUUUUACGAACUGGAUUUGAAACGAGUCAAGGGAAACUGAUGCGGACUAUACUAUUUUCUACUGAGAGAGUGACUGCUAACAGCUGGGAAAGUGGACUCUUCAUUUUGUUCCUUGUUGUAUUUGCUUUAAUAGCUGCUGGAUAUGUUCUUAAGAAGGGUCUAGAGGACCCAACGAGGAGUAAAUACAAGCUAUUUUUGAGUUGUUCGUUGAUCAUUACUUCUGUGAUACCCCCUGAACUGCCAAUGGAGCUAUCAAUAGCUGUUAAUACAUCGUUGAUUGCACUAGCACGUCGUGGGAUAUACUGUACGGAACCAUUUCGAAUUCCAUUUGCUGGGAAGGUUGAUAUAUGCUGUUUUGACAAGACUGGAACAUUAACAUCUGAUGACAUGGAAUUUUCUGGAGUUGGCGGGUUGACAGAUAAUGAGGACCUUGAAACAGAUAUCUCUAAAUUCCCUUGGCGUACCUUGGAAAUUCUUGCUUCUUGUCAUGCCCUGGUUUUUGUGGACAACAAGCUGACCUCUUUCCUGGUUGUCUUAAAGCUCCAGAUAAUCUGA